CUCUAUCUCUUCCCUCGACAACUAAUACCCAACUCAUUCUCAUUAGUAAUCUCUUCUCUCUCACACUCAUAUACAAUGAUGGGUUCUCUGGGUGGUAGUGAGAAAAUGCCAACCUUUUUCUUUUGCAUCAUGUUGUUUCUCACUGCAUCAGUCUCAUCAGCAUCCCUUGAAGUGGGGUUCUACAAAUCUAGUUGCCCUUCUGCUGAGACAAUUGUGAGAAAAGCAGUAAACAAAGCUGUGUCAAAGAAUCCCGGCAUGGCUGCUGGCCUCAUUAGAAUGCAUUUCCAUGACUGCUUUGUUAGGGGUUGUGAUGGCUCGGUCCUACUUGAUUCAACGCCUGGCAAUCCAUCAGAAAAAGAAAGUCCAGUAAAUGAUCCAAGCUUGCGGGGUUUUGAGGUGAUUGAUGAGGCAAAGGCUGAAAUUGAAGCUCAAUGCCCACAAACUGUGUCUUGUGCAGAUGUCCUUGCAUUUGCUGCCCGAGACAGCGCCUACAAGGUUGGAGGAAUCAACUAUGCUGUGCCAUCAGGACGCCGUGAUGGAAGAAUAUCACUGAAAGAUGAGCCUUCCCUACACCUGCCUCCUCCUUUCUUCAAUGCCAAACAGCUUGAGGAAAAUUUUGCCCGAAAAGGCCUUACUCUUGAUGAAAUGGUGACACUCUCUGGGGCACAUUCUAUUGGAGUGUCACAUUGUUCUUCCUUCUCAAACCGCCUCUACUCUUUCAAUGCCACUCACCCUCAAGAUCCUUCUAUAGAGCCUGAAUUUGCUAGGCACCUAAAAACCAAGUGUCCCCCACCAUCAAAUACUGGCAGUGAUCCAACAGUGCCGCUUGAGGUUCAGACACCCAAUAGGCUGGACAACAAGUACUAUAAAGAUUUGAAGAGCCGCAGGGGCUUAUUGACAUCAGAUCAGACUCUUUUUGAUAGCCCUUCAACGGUGAGGAUGGUGAAGAAUAAUGCAAGGUAUGGUGCAAACUGGGGUAAUAAGUUUGCAGCAGCAAUGGUUCGAAUGGGCGCCAUUGAUGUUCUCACAGGGACCCAAGGUGAGAUCAGGAAGAAUUGUAGAGUUGUGAACUAGAUAACACAAAGUUCAUAAACAUGGAGAAGUUGGAAUUGUUUGUAUUCUUUGAUUUCUUACAUUAUUUCACUGUUGAUUCAAUUGUAAAUCUCCUAUUCCCAUUCAUAUGUGUUUGAUCAUGU